CCCAUGUCGUCCGAAAUUGCCGCCAUGUUGGAUUAAUGUGGCAACGCGCAUGAACAACAGCAGAGGCCGCUGCUUGACUCUAAGCCCUCGGUAUCGUGUUCGUCUGCGUGUUGUUGAACCGUGACACACUUGGCUUUAGUCAGCUUUUAGAUCAGAUGGCAUGACACACGCAUGGCGAGCAAAAAGGUCUCUGUUUCCUCGACUUCUCUGUCUAUGACUCUUCCAAUUUCUUGCCAGAUAUGUCUUGGAAAGGUGAGUGCUCCUAAUACGAGUAAAAAUGCUUGUGUUUCUUGGUAUUGCUAUUCAUAUUUGUGGCGUAAAGUUCGGCCAAGCUCAUUGUUUUUGUUUCGCGUUUCAAAGGUUAGAGAACCCGUUGUUUGCCCCAAUCAACAUGUGUUCUGCUCAACCUGCAUGGAUACCUGGCUUCGAUCGCACUCAUUUUGUCCAACGUGCCGUACAUCUAUUACUACAGAGCAGCCUUGCAAGAAAAUCCUAGGUGAGAAAAUAUAGGGAUGAAUUCUGAUGCCAGUGGGGAAACCGGGAAGCUAAAGCCUAAAUAUUCAUGUAGCAGUCUUCAUUGUUUAUACAGACCAAAGAACAAUGAAACCUUGAAGGCCAAUUCAGAACUUCCUUUUGUUUGAAAGUGUUACGGUGUGAAACCUGCCUUGUGAAAUCUGCCUAGUUACUUUCCGCGAAACCAUGAGUAUGCUCGAUUGAUAGAAGGUCGAAUUGUGCGGGAAAUGCCAAAACCAAUCAGCUUCUUCGAGUUUGCGAAAAGUUCUCGUUGCCCCGGGGUUAACACGUCCUCUAAGAGGGAGACACUUUUUUGGUUCAAAUUAACAUUAUUACGGUUGACACUGCUCAACUAGAUCGAGUUAAAUGGGGUUAAAAUUUCGCACGUUAUAUCAGAUGUGAUUAUUACGCCCAGGAGUUGCAAUAUAUUUUGACCAAUUUUCCGGACCUGACAGUCCAUUUACAACGGCAAGUGUACACCCAUUGACGUAAUACGAGAAAUACCGAAAGAAAACUAAUCCAGCGUCCCCUUGCUUGAUCUGAGAAGCUGAGAAAAUUGCGCCAAAAAGCCCUGCCCUCUGACUUUGAACAAAAUUCUGUGUCGGACUUAUGGGUCAUUGACCGUCUGUUGUGCUUGCAUACUGAUCAUAUUUGCCUUGAUUCUGAACCUCCUAGAGACUACUUAAUAAUGACAUUCGUGACCUCAACAACCUAAACCCAUAUCAGCAACAAAAGGAGUGACAUAAUAACUUUAUUGUACCCAAUCAGGUGGGGAUUCUUUUAUAACCUGAUCUUUUAUAGCAGUUUUUAAUUGAAAGGCAUCUGUUGUUCACGUUUAUGCCGCAAGCUGUCAGUUUUUACAAAGCAGGAUGUUGUUUAACUCCAAUUUCCUGCCGUUACACUGAAGUGAUUUAAUUUGACUAAUAAAAUUGUAUGGUUUCUGUGGCAACUAAAGUGACCCUCCUCUAUUUUUGCUCCAGACAGACAAUUUGUCUGAAUUUUAAUGUAUCUCUUCCCUCUAGGAUCCAAUAUCUGUAUCACGGUCCCUGAUAAAUUUCACCACAGAAAGUGAACACUUGACAAAUUUUGUCCAAAAAUUUGCCCCCAAGUUUAUUUUCGUUUUUCAAUCUUAUAUCAGGAAGUAUUGACUUGCCCGUGAACUCUGAUGCCGUGACCAGAGCUGAGCUGAGAAGAACCAGACUUGAUUUAAUCAGACGAGAAUAUGAGGUACAUUUACACGUGAUCACUGGUUGCUACUAUUUCUGAAAACGUGAUCAUCAGUAAAAGAGUGGAUCCCAACUAUACUGCACUUCAACCACUAUCCAUGAUAUAACAUCACUCCUUUGCUUUGAUUACCAAGGAAGAAAAUGUUGCAUUGAAAAGUACAUCCAAACAACAUCAUUUUCAGGCAUCGCGUGAUCUGAAUACAAAGCCUUUUUUGAAUAUUCAGACAAAGGGGCUGACCUAGAAUUCAUCAAUGUUAUGUCAUCUUCCUUGCUCCUGUGUGGUCAAAAUGAUAUUAAUAGUGACGCUUUUGAUCAUGGCUUUCUCGUUUACACUUGCGCCUAACAAAAAUUUUGAAUUAUUAUAUUCAAUGUACAAGUUCAAAUUUGGAAAUAAUCAUAUUUUUGACUCUUCAAAUUUUUAUCCAUAUUAUUUUAACUGAGCAGGCCUUAUUCAAUCCUUAAAUCUGUACCAAUUAACAUUCAAGAUGAGAUUUAUCUAGCUUGUUGCCGCACCAGGUCAUUGCCAAGUAUGUUGACUAUGUGUACGCAUUUAUUAUUAUUUUAUUAUUUGUCUAUCCCUCGCACGCAAUGCUCUUCAUCACUUUUCAUAAGUUUUUGGCGUAGCGCCUGGUCAAAGUUUGAAUUUUGUUUCGAGAUGAAGUGGUGUUAAAAUUAUAUGAAGACAAAACCCCAUCACCUGGUUCAAAAUUGGUCCAUAGUUUAAAACAGACACUCGCAGUCUUAAAUACUAUUUUGUGUAUGUUUUGAGUGGUGAUGCUCACCAAGUCAUCCAUGUGAUAACAAUUUAUUCUAGAUGUUUAUGAAUCACACCAAAAACAAUAACGCCUAGCGUAGCAAGUCCAAAGUUCGCUAAGCAAUACUCAUUGUUUACGCCAAAUUUUUUUGUCAUGAAAAUAUGCCAAACACUGAGUCAAGAAGCUUUUGUGUCACGGAACAGUGCGGAACAGAAUGGGGGGCACGUGACAGUUGUGCUGUUGCAGCUGGCCCAACAGCCAUAACUAGUAACUUAUGUUUCAUCAAGAACUUUUGAUUUUUGUGCAGAACUGAUAUGCUCAGUAUCUUUGAUUAAGUUGGUUCGUGCUUUGGGGCUGGUUUCAAUUUUUCUUAGAAUGUUGCGGCCUUGAAUGAAUAUCAGUACCGGUGGUGUCAUAUUGCCUGCAAUAAGAAAAGUUAUGUACUUUUGGAAGCUUAGGAAAGUGCUUUGUGCAAAAGUUGAAAAUUUUGAGAAAAUAAGUUCCAAGUCCGGCUUAGUCGAGUAAACAUGCACUUUGCACUGGAUGGAAAAGUUAACUGUUGCCUGGAAUUACCCGUAAUUUUGUCCUCUAUAUAAUGGUGGCAUAUACGGUGCAUUUGCUUGUGGUAAAUUUUACCUUAUCCAAUCUUUAGAAGAUAAAAUCCAAAAAUAUGUGCAUAAUCCUAUUAGCCAUUAAUUGUUUGGCUGUCCUAUUAUGUCUAAAAUGGACAUUACCCUCGUCCGUAAUCAAUUCACCAGCAUUAGGUGAACCAAAAAAAACCCACCCAAUCCAUGUCAACCCAUCUCCUGAAAAUCAAUUUUUGACUAUCAAAAUUCCUACCAUUUUUUCAUAAAAUGAUGGAAACCACUGGUAUAUAUGUACAUUUUAAUUGGGUCUAGAGUUACAGGAAGUUUAGUCCUGAAAUACCUUGUUUUGUAAGCCAUAACCAUGACACACACCCUAUGCAUGUAAUAAACCUUGUUCUCUAAGUCUUGAACUGACACAAGCAUGCUAUGCAAUGUAUUUUUUUAAAAUUCUGCCACAAAUAGAAAUGAGGGUGUGCAGUGGAAUCUUAAGUUGUGUGUAUUAGACAACCCGUGGGUCAAACAAACACAAUUCUUUUGGCAGACCAUCACUUCCAAUCACCUUGGCAUCUCAUGAGAGAUCUUCCUUCAGAUCAUAUUCCCAAUCUGGUUGAUGCGAAACAGCUGGUAGACAUGCGCGAUAAAUAUUGUCUUUAUAUCCUGCUCAAAGUCCAUUGCAUGCUGUAGAGGAAUACAUUGUGUUGCUCCUGAAACAUCCUUUACUUCCCCAAUGGAUGGUUUAUUGAUCUGAAAUUUUAAAAAUUCCAGAAUAGGUCCAUUCAAGUACUUUCUUUUUUUCGCUUCAAGAGCUGCUGUUCUCCUCACCCUUUGAAUUUCUACUGACCUUCCACGCGAAAUGUAUGAAUAUUUUCUCGAAUCAACUUUCUAAUGUUCCACAACCUGGAUGGUGCAGACAUAACAUAGAAAGAAUUUUAAGGAGGUGCCUUCCCCACUCCCCCCCCCACCCUUACUUUGGAAUUUCUUUCUGUUAGCUGCUAUUUUCUGGAAGCAGUUAUUAGUGAAUGGUUAAAAAAUAUUUUUAAUUUAGCAGUUGAUUUACGCUGUCAAUGAGAUGAUUUCAAGAUAUGCUAAGAAAGAAAGACAUUUUUCACAAUUCUAGUUGCAUAAUACGUACAUUGUGUAAUCAAAGUACUUUCAUUCUUGUUUUUUUCAAUGCAUUCUAGUCAUCAGUAGAUUAAACAUAUUUUCUUUGGGAAAAUACACCACCAAAUAAGUGAUCUAUUUGGAAGGAAUAUUUUUCUAAUCACCAUGAUAAAAUCAAAUUGCUAAGGUGAGUCGCAUGAUCCAACCACCCCUCCCUCGUGACUGUCAGGAAGUAUGAGCUGUAUCUUUAAUGAGCCUUUUUUGGUGGGGAUACGUAAUCCCUAGUCUUGAUUUCAAAACCUGUUGUUUCAAGUAUUGUGGAGGAAGUUGUGUUUCUGUUCUUUCCUUCAUUGCUGUCGCAGUUUGAACUUAACUUUGUGUCAUUUGUUCUCAUUUCAUCUGGCCUGUGUCACUGUUUCGAGGCCACGUUCCAUGAUUUUGCCUCAGUUAUUAAGCUGUUUUUAUUUUCCUUAAAUAAUCUUGUCAGUCUGCAACCCUAGACCCUUGGCUAAUAAAUUAUGAUGUCUGUUUCAGUCUUUUUUCCCAUCUUGUCCCCACAUAUGGGCCAUUCCAAAAUAUGAGUUUACUUUUACCUGGUUGAUUCCGAAAAAGUAAUGGUUACACCGUAUAUAUAAUGGAUUUUGAUUAAAAGCAGGGCAACAAAAUGGUGGUGAUUACAUUCACAGUUAUGUAACCUUAUCCACCAGGCCCUGGUUGUUCACUAUCCGAUGGAUAAAUCACUAUCCAGUGGAUAGACAUGAGGGAAACCAGUUGCAUUAUUCACUGGAUAGAGAUUUAUCUGGUGGAUAGCGUUAUCCUCCUUUUAAACAAUUGGGGCCAGAUGAUCACUUUAAGCAAACAAACAGUAUUGUUGAAAAUCCUCACUAACAGUGAAAAUUAGGACUAAGAUUUCCUUUUGAAAUAAGGUCUUUCACUGUUGUUGCCAUUACCUUAGUCAAUGAAUUUAAUUUUUUAAAUAAUUUUUAAAAACACAAUGAUUCUUUUACGUUUGUGGAACAUGUUUCAGUGUUUCAAACUUCAUCUUUAGCCAUAGUAAUAGCGUACAAGUAACUUGGUAUAUAAUAAUUAUAUAACUAUCCAAACAAUGAUUGCUUCGUUACACAUAAUUAUUAAAGCUAGCCAAUAAUAUGAAAGAAAACUAAACGAACUAUAAGGGUAACUUAAAAGUGUCAUUGUGUUUUUAAAAACUAUUGCUGCAUUGUGCUAUCAAGACCUUUUGGAAAUUUUUUAAAUGCAGAAAAAGGUGUGGUGCCAUGCACCACCAAAAUUACUGCCAGAGAGGUUGUCAGACCUUUGAUGGGUCACUUGUUUGUUCAGUCACAUAAUUAUAUAUUAUUAAAAGCUCACAGAGUCGUCAUAACUCAGUGUCCUUGACAUUUUCUUUUGCUAAAUAAGGAAAUUAUUUUCUUUGUAGGAUGAGCUUAAAUCACUUCAGAACACCGUUGAGAGACUAAAGUCUGAAAAUAAACAGCUUCACGAGAAAAUGAUUGAAAGAGAAAGAACGAUGGCCUCCAUGGACUUCACCACCAGAAACAGAGGACCAGACGAUGGUCCUGGUAAACUUGACAUUGAUAUGUUGGUUAAACUGACUACCAGGUUGCAAGAAGCAAGCCACACUUAUGAGAGUUUGAGAGGAGAUAUGGAUAAGAUCAAAGAGGUACACAUAAUUAUUCCUAUAAUGUUAUUAAUAAUAUUAUUCCUAGACUAUCACUCAAUUAAGCAGGGACUGCAUCAGGGUUUUCGUUUCAGGCCAGACGGUGAUGUUGGAUGCAACAUCUGGUUGUUUAACAUGUACAUGUAUUGUCCAUAAGUUCACGCAGAGGAUAAUAAUAAUUUAUUAUUUUUUAAGUGUGAAAGGUUUGAACCCAGGAGUCAUUUCAAAAGGUUGAGUUUGAUCGUCUGGGUGAACGUAGUCCUGAAUAGGACUGUUGUUGUUGACAGUGACUGACGUUUCGACAACCUGUGCGGUAGUCAUCUUCAGAGUCAAAGGGAGUUGUGUCACGUCAGUUGAUGGUAUUAUACUCUGGUUAUUGAUCUGAUUGGUCAAUUACGUCGCAAUGUUAUUGGUCGUGUGUCAGUUAAGCCGUGAUGUUAUUGGCUAUGAAGACUCGUAAUCAUUGAUUAGUGCGUUUCGAUCCGUCUAUUGUCACAGUUAAACAAUCGUCUAUUGAUAGUCAAAUUGUCAGUUCUCCAGUUGUUCUCUCGUAGUUAGUUUUGCUUGAUCUUGUCAAUAAGUUGUUUGUACAGCGCUGGUAACUGUUGGCUACGAUUCAGUGGCGUUUGUUCUAAGUUAGUAAACCAGCUUUCUAAAGUGAGAUGUUGAUAGUAGUCUGUAGAAUACGUUAUACAUGUCGCAGAGUCCCAGUCAGUUUGAUGUUUCGUCUUUAAAUGGUGCUCAGCAAUGUGAUUGUUGAUGUCACCAUUCCUCGUUGUGCGUUUGUGUUCGGUUAGUCGCGUGCUUAGGUUUGCAAGUUUCACCAAUGUAAGAAGCCUGGCAGUUGUGAAAAUCAUUUCUUUCUUUUUUUUCAUUUAUUAAUCAAAGAUAGAUUUGACCCUUAUUUUACUCACUUAGUUAUGUAAUGCAUACAAUUGCAAAAAAUUCCUGACAUAUAAUAUCCAUUAUCAUUUUCUGUGAGUAUUUUUGAGUGCCUUGAGAGACCUUGCCGUUAACCCUUUCCAGUCCAGGGAACAAGGGAAAUUGCAUUUUAAAGAGUCCAGUUUUAAACAUUUCUCCAGGGAGCAUGCCCCCAGAGCCCCCUAGAAGUUCUUGCCUAUGGCACGAAUGGUGCAAGUCUGUCAGCUAAACCUCUGCAUCUGGUAUUUCCAAUGGCUACUGAAAACCUGGUGCCAUUGGUCAAUUCUCAGCCACUAGCCUUGACUCAAUUUAAAUAUAUCCCGAUCAUGAUGCAAUUCAGCAAUAUUGUACCCUGCUUGGGAUACAACAGUACAAUGUCAAAGCAUGGUGGAAGGUGGCGUGUCAGAAUUAAAAGGCAGGAAAAGCAUUGUUAGUUUUCACUCUCCUAAAUGAACACAAUAACACAAACAUGGAUCCACAGGCUAAAGAGCGACGAUUUUCAGGUCCCUCUGGAAACCAGUUACCGUAUUUAUUCGAUUUACUGCCCUGGGCGCUUAUUAAAUUUUUGGACCUUGAGAGUGGGCACUUAUUCGAGGCUGGGCGCUUAUUAAAUUUUCACCAUUUUUGGCAAGUGUAGUAUGUUUAUUUUGCAACAAAAGAAUAAAAGGUGACCAUGAAAUGUGAAGAUGUAACAAAGCAAGGUUUCUGUAACCUACCCCUACUCAGAAGAAAACUCCAUCUACGGGGAAGUCUCUUUAUGUUAGUACUUAUUCAAUUUCAAUCUCAUUGUCACCCAAGUGGGUUGGCGCUCAUUAACUUUUUUUCCCUUUAGGAUGGGUGCUUAUUUGAGGUGGGCACUAAUUCGAGGUUGGGCGCUUAUUCAAAUAAAUACAGUAGUUUUGUUUUCGCAAGAGUUGUGAUGUUUCGUGAUUUCCUAGCUUACAGUCUAGUGAUCCGAAAAUUAUAGGGAUCAAAACUUACCUUUUCGAAAAUUUCAGCCAGAAAAAAGGCUCCCAAAAAUUCUAGGUGACCUUUGUAGGGGUAAAAAUCCAUUAAAAAUGGGCAAUUAUACCAUUUUGGGAGGGGUUUGAAAAUCCUAGGAGAGGCAGGCAAGCAAGAAAUUUAACAACAAAUGUUCCGAAAAUUCUAGAUCUCAGAUUUAUGGAGGCAGAUUUAUGGAGGCAGCGUGGCCGAGUGGUCAGCGCGUCGGACUCGCAAUCCGGCGGUCCCGGGUUCGAGUCCCGCUCUGGCCACUUGCUGGAUUUGUGCUCGGUCGUCCCGAGUUCAAAUUCUCGGCCACGCUUGUAAAUAGCCAACUGGUUGCCUUCUGCCAGUUGGGUUUUUUAAUCCUGUUAUGUUGUGUUGAGUGGAGUGCCUGUAAAUUAGCUGACUAGCUAAGUGCACCUUCCACUAUAAACAUGCCUUUAACCUUUAACCUUAACCUUUUUAUUGUCUUCCGAACAGAUAUUUUCCAAAAAUUGUCGUUGGGUGCCCCUGAUGUAGAAAAGAGUGGGAAAUUAAUCCUCUAUUAAGUGGGCACAGCCACCUUUUGGCUGUGUUCUUGCUGGGCAAGUAACUUUUUUAGCUCACUUGUCCAAUGGGCAAGGCUUCCAGCAAGUCUUCUGGUGACAAAAUUAUCAGUGAGUAAGGUAAACAAGCAGUGGCCCUGGGCAAGCAAAUUCAAUGAUUUGUUUAGGUCUGGAAUGAAGCAAAAAUCUCCCAAAACAAUAUACAAUAACAAUAAUAUUUAAUUAAUUUAUUGUAAUGUAAUACUUAUUGUAUCCCAAUUCUACUUUGUGCCCAUCACUCUUUUUUAAUAGUUUAUUAUUAUCAUUAUUAUUAUUAUUAUUAUUAUUAUGUUUAUUGUUAUUAUUAUUAGGACUUUAUUUACUUUAUUUAUGUGUACUGUUUCAUGUGGCAACAUUAAUUUAUUUGUCACAUCCUUCAAAAUCACUUAAAUUGACAGCUUGAUCCAUGCUUAAAUUUUCCUUCUUGAAUCGGCCUGUAAACCUAAACUUAAAAUUUACUGCUGUGUGACUGACCCUAAUACAACUUCCUCAAACUCAUUAAUAAUUCAUGAAGCAAAUUAAUGUUUAAUGAGUGUUUGGAAAUCAGAUGAAAAACUGCUCUGUUUUGCAUCCUUAAUUUCUCCUUUUAAAAUCAUUUUGUUUGAGAAGUAAUAUCAAGCAUUUGACACAGUGUUUCAUCAACAGAUUAUGUUUGACAAAAAUACUCAGGUGCGUGUCGUAUUUUCAACUCUCCUCUCGGUGUUUCAUGUAGUGAUUAAACACUGCGUCUCGUGCUUGAUAUAUUACGUCAAAUUCCGAAAUCCAAAAGCAGUUACCUGUUUUUUUUCAUUUAUAGUGUGUAAAGAUUAGUAUUGAUAUAUUUACAGGAUAACAAGAAAUUGCUCGAAGAGAACAAGAACCUUCUGAGAGAAAAUACAAGACUCAAAGAGGACCCCAAAUUUUCCAAGUCCCCUCAAAGGUACAUGUGUUGUCCUGUAUAUAAAGAAAAUAAUUAAAUAAAUAAAUAAAAGUUAACGAUUUAGAGGUAGCACAUCCACAUAGUCGUUCCAUUCCUGGUCGAACUGGAAUUUGGAAAUGUUAGUUUUUGAGGAGAGUGGAUAACCGACGUACUCGAAGAAGAGCCUCUUGGAGCAAUGGAGCGAACCAACAACAAACUCAAUUGAAGCCAGACCACAUUAUUGAGACUUGGGAGUGAGUUUUCUCACCACUGGGAGGUCAAUAGGUUACUUUCUAUACUGUUUCUUUUAGGUACAGUCACUACACAAUGGCUGGGCUUCAAACCAAGGUAGGUCAAUAUGAGCGCGAGGUUCAGCAAUUGAGAAGGGCUUUGGUAAGGAGCGACAACUACAUUGACGAUCUGUCCAGCAAAUUGGAAGUGGCCACAGGACAACCACUUCCCAAGACUACAAGACCCAGGAAUAGCCCAGCUACUUGUUCCAGUUCCUGUACAAUUACAAGCCUUGCUAGUGAAAAGGAUGCAGUUGAGUGCGUGACUAAUAGUGACCUUCAAGAGGCAGAAAAGUCAGAUCUACCAGAAGCUGCAAACCUUGCCAAUGACAAUAAAAAGAAAAGGCUGGCUGCCGCAAGUGAUUCGGAAAACCAGACUCCCCGGGUUCACUCGCCUCUUCUUGCACCGGCUAACGGUGAAAGGUUGUCUUUUGAGAGAGGAGCUGCUUUGGGGGACGAAAGAGAAUCCGGUUUGAGUUCCAGACGUAGCUCUGAAGUCAGCUUAUAUGGGCAAGACCUGGAUAUCCCUCCAGGGCCACUGACAAGCUCGUUGAACAUUCUAGAGCCAGUGGAAGGGGAAGCUAUCGACCGCCCACCCUCAAGAGGUGAACUCCUGUUACUUGGCGACCGGUCGUCCAGGCGAGCAGAGAAACCACCGCUGGAGGAAAAUCUCGACAUGUUUACAGCUAGUCGACAGUUGAUUCUGUUAAGUGAACGGCGAUCAAGGCAUAGAGAUGGAAUAGAAUCCUUGAAAAUGCGAGAUCUAAGCGAGUGUUCACCAAGCAGCUCUGACGGAGGAAAGAGGAAGUUGCUGGACACCAAGUCGAUUGAUUUUGAUGUGCUUGUGAAUGCUGCAGGUGACGAUUCAGCAAGUAACUCCACCUCGCGAGAAUCGCCACCCAACUUCACCAGGGAUGAGCUCGACGACAGAGCCUCACCCGAGAUUCGCACUUUCUCUCUGGCCAAAAUAAAAUCGGAAAUUGGCAUUGGACAGGAAAAUGAAAUUGCCCCAAAGAAAGCACGAUUAGAGAGUGGAGAUUAUGGAAACGAUUCUGACAGUGUUGAACAAAGAGACUCAUGA